AUGGACGCCGCGAAGAAGCACGCCGACGCCGGGCCCGGCGCAAGCUCGCCCGAGAUCGACGCCCGGGACCUAGAGCCCGUCGACAACGACCUGGCGUUGCGGGAGAAGGCGCUGGUCAGAAAACUGGACGCGCGCAUCAUUCCCCUUGUCAUGCUCCUCUACCUCUUAAGUUUCCUAGACCGCGUCAACAUCGGCAACGCACGCCUCUACAACCUCGAGUCCGACCUCAACCUCCAAGGAAACCAGUUCCAGGUCGCCGUCUCCAUCCUCUUCGUGACCUACAUCAUCUUCGAGGUCCCCUCCAACCUCGUCCUCAAGCUCUUCACGCCCUCCCGCUGGAUCGCCUUCAUCACCGUCGCCUGGGGCAUCAUCGCCACCCUCACGGGGCUGGUCGACUCCUACGGCGCCCUCAUCGCCUGCCGCCUGCUCCUCGGCGCCGUCGAGGCCGGCCUCUUCCCCGGGCUGAACGUCUACCUCACCUUCUUCUACAGCAAGCAUGAGCUCGCGCUGCGCGUGGGGUAUCUCUUCGUCAGCGCGGCCAUCGCGGGCGGGCUGGGCGGGCUGCUGGCUUAUGGGAUCGGGCACAUGGAGGGCGUGGCCGGGCUGAGCGGGUGGCGGUGGAUUAUGAUUAUCGAGGGCCUGCCGACGGUCGUGCUUGGUGUUGUGACGUUCUUUUUGCUGCCGAAUGAUGCUGCGAGUGCGAGUUUCCUGAGCGAGGAGGAGAAGAGGCUGAUGGUGGAGCGGCGGGGGCGGGAGUACGGCAACACGAGCAGCGCGCAGGAGUUCAGCCGCGAGGACAUGUGGAAGGCCUUCAAGGACUGGAAGGUCUGGGUGUUUUGCGUGGCGCAGUUUGGCGUGGAUACCAUGCUCUACGGGUUCUCGACUUUCCUCCCGACGAUCAUCAACGGCCUUGGCACCUGGACCGUCGCGCAGGUGCAGCUCCUCACGGUGCCGUGCUACGCCCUUGGCGUGGUGGUGUACAUGACCGCGGCCUUCCUGUCGGACCGCAAGCAGUUGCGCGGGCUGUUCUGCGUCGUCUUCGGGAGCGUCAGCGUGAUCGGGUACGCCAUCCUCAUCUCGGACACGUCGUCUGGGGUGCAUUACUUUGGGUGCUUCCUGGUGGCGGCCGGGUUCCAAGCAAUCGAUAAGCCCAGGUACAUCAGGGGCCACGCGGUGACGCUGAGCAUGGUCGGAAUGGGGACGUGCUUGUACGGCUUCAUGUGGUUCUGGUACUGGAGGGCUAACAAGCAGCGGGAGGCCGGUCUUGCGGAGGAUAAGUAUCGUGAUCUGUCUGAUGACGAGCUUGCGGAGCUUGGGGAUGAGAGUCCGCGGUUCAGAUACACUAUUUGA